UGCCCUUCAGUUGUACAUUACAAUAGAGGAAGCAUCAUGCGUCUACGUGCCUGUCACCUCGUAAACCCUCCCGCCCCAUCCUACAUCUGUUUGUCUCCUGCUGUGCAGGACUCAGAGACUUCAGGAAGCUCUAAAGCAGCAGGUGUUCGGAGUAUUUUGGAAACAUGUCUGGAUUCAUCCAGUUGUUGAAGAAGAGGAAGGAGCUGAUCCCUCUGGUGGGAUUCAUGGCGUUCGCAGCAACAGGAGCCACAUCUGCUUCCCUCUACUUUCUGUUCACCAAAUCCGAUGUGAUUUUGAACAAGACUAAAAACCCAGAACCAUGGGAAAGACUGGACCCAUCAAAGCCCCAAAAGCUAAUCACCAUCAAUCAGCAAUGGAAACCAGUGGAAACUCUGGAAAUGGUGAAGUCCAUGACCAAAUAAAGAAAGAAGAGCAAGUAUCAUCUCUGAAGAUGUAGAGUCUUGACUACUUGCCAGGCCCCCUCAUCAGUCUAGCAGAAUCCUUUCUGCACAAACUAGGACGCUUUGACACUCAGUGUGCGGAAAUGCUUCUGCUCAACUGGUGGGGUUUCACCCUGCUCUGUAGCGGCAACACAAGGACAUCUAUCCACAUCGACAGAAAAAGAAAUGUCUGAGAUUAGGUCGGGUCAUUUGUUUUUGUUUUUUUGGCUAACCAGAGGGGGAGAGAGGAAUUUUUACUUUAUCAGCUGUGGUUCGUCUUAACUGUCAGAUACCUUCAAUAUGAAUGUUCAUUGCUGUCUAAAUAUAAAAAAAACACAAACCCAGAGUACUGUACUGCAUAUUGUCAAUAAAGCUGAGCUUUUAUGUGGCUUAGAAGACCAGAUGGUUUCUGUUUUCAUGUAAUGCACUCGUGAUUAAAGCUAAAGUUACA